CGUCAUGGUGCGGUGGCCGUACGCGUACGCUCUGCGUUCGUCGACUCGCGUUCGUCCCGUCGUCCGCAGACGGUCCGCUUCCCCGCCUCGUCCGUCGCCCGCAACUUGUUGAUGACCGUCGAAGUCACCACCGCCGCGGGUUUUCCGCUCGUUUCCUCUCCUUGUUGCCGCCGGCGAUAUCAACGAUAAUAAUAAUAAUAAUAAUAUGUUAUAUCUCGACCGUCGUCCGCUGUUCGUUUAUCCUCGCGGUUUCGUGUCACCGUUUCCGAUACAAUGCCACGAUUUUACCGGAAAUCUUCCGGUAUUGUUUAGGGGACUUUAUUGGUCAUCGUUGACGACGACGACAACGGCGAUGACGGGAGAAUAGCGUUCAGCCAUCAAUGGACUAAAGACUGAAGCAAUAAUUGUAUAAAUGUUGCUAAAUAUAAGAAAAAAAAAAAAAAAAACAUGCGCGAUCGAGCGAAAACCCGCGAAAUGAACGCACGAAAUAUUAUAUUAUAUAAUCUCAUCACUCCACAGCGCAAUCCACCGGGCAGACCUGUUGUUAUAGCAAGACUUGGCGCGGCGUCGUAGAAAUAAACUGUACGAACGCGAACCUGUGAAAUAUAAUCUUCCGAUCAUGUUACCAAUCCGUUUACCUAAUACAAUAUUGGCAAGUCGUCGCCAGCAACCACCUACACCUAGCCCAACAGAACCUAAAGUACAAGUUCGGCCAUUAACGAAAGAUUCGCUGGAGACCAGACAACACGUUUCAACGUCUGUCGGGUAUGGUUACCAAACUCGAAAUAAAGUGAGCGUGUUAGAUGGAUCUGUGUUACCCAGCAAAUUUGAGCCGUUUCCUAGUGAGUUGUAUGGCAUGCCACUUGAAGAAAUUGACAAUUUUAUAUUUGAUGAGACGUUUUGCGUGGUAUCCAAAAGAUUUCGGAAGAAUUAUAUACACCGUUUCACAGCCACCCAGUCUUUCUUUAUGUUUUCACCUUGGAACUCGUUUCGGCAGCUGUGCAUAUACAUUUCUACUAAUCAAAUAUUCGACUAUGUGGUAAUGACCACUAUAUUGCUCAAUUGUGUCUUCCUAGCCAAAACAGAUUCAGUUGAAGAAGCUGAAUACAUUUUCUUGGCCAUCUAUACAGCCGAAAUGGUUAUCAAAACCAUAUCGAAGGGAUUUAUACUAAAUAAGUAUACAUACUUACGAAAUCCCUGGAACUGGCUGGAUUUCAUCGUCAUCACGUCGGGUUAUGCAACCAUCGGCAUGGACGUCGGAAAUCUAGCCGGGCUUCGUACGUUUCGCGUACUCAGAGCUCUGAAAACCGUAUCUAUAAUGCCAGGUCUCAAGACGAUCAUCAACGCUCUGUUGCACUCCUUUCGUCAAUUAGCUGAAGUCAUGACACUGACCAUAUUUUGUCUAAUGGUAUUUGCUCUAUUUGCGCUUCAAGUGUACAUGGGUGAAUUGCGGAAUAAAUGCGUCAUGAUUAACGAAGACAACGUGAAUUGGCUGAAAUGGAUAAAUAAAGAGCAAAACUGGCUGUCGGACAACGAAGGCAACCCAAUGCUAUGCGGCAACGUGACUGGGGCGAGACAUUGCCCAGUUGGUUACGUGUGCCUUGGUGUUGGCCCUAACCCCAAUCACGGCUACACGAAUUUCGACAAUUUCCUGUGGUCUAUGUUGACUACGUUCCAGCUAAUUACACUGGACUAUUGGGAAAACGUCUACAACAUUGUUUUGGCGACGUGUGGCCCGAUGAGCGUCAUAUUUUUCACAGUGGUGGUGUUCUUCGGUUCGUUCUACUUGAUCAAUCUGAUGUUGGCCGUCGUCGCCCUUAGCUACGAAGAAGAAGCGGAAAUAACGCAAGAGGAGAGGCGAAAAGACUUGACGGACUACCGGGACGAAUCGACGUUCAGUUUCGACCCAAGCCGCAUCCCAGUCAAGCAGCUGCAGGACCGACAGAACCGGGACAAAAAGAAAGUAGACGGCCGAAAAGGCGUGCUACUCUCUUCGGUGACGCGCAAGCGGAAAAAGUCGCGAAGACGUCGGACGCCGUCUCAGCAACGGUCACAAUCGGAACAGCAACCGGAACUGCAGCAACAGCAGAACGCCACGGACGACCGAGACAACAUGGACGGAGGGAUGUACGUGGAACCGGAUGUGGAAAUAGUGGCGGCGUCAGCGGCGGUGUUGGCGUCGGAAGCUGACCCGUCGGCGGUGGCAGUGGCCAUGGAUGACGGUGAAGAUUGUGACGAUGGUGACGAUGGUGAUGACGGUGACGACUCGGGUAGCCGUUCGUCGACGCCCCGCCGAAAACGGUUGAGGUCACCCGACCCUCCAGCACAACCGGUCACCCCGCCACCACAACCGGAGCCACCGCCUGUCACUUCAGCGGUAGCCAAACCCAAUGUGGCUGCCGACAGUCUGCGGCCGUGCGCCCUGGUAGCUCCGCAAGGACGAGAACGAUGGUUAUUGGGUAGUAGACAGGGCAGUGCAAACACCAGUGAAGGAAACAAUAGGGAUUCAUCACUGGAUGACUCAGGUGUAGUAGAUGAUCAUGAUGAUGGGGAAGCGACGUCGCAAUCACAAUCCCAUCACACUUCACCACAACCACAGCAAUGCGGAUACCAUCAAUUACCUCAGAAUUCCGCCAACGAUAAUAGUUUAGCUGUAUCAAAAAGCAUUAAAGUGAUCAAAUGCAAUGGGCUGAAAACAAAACCAUUUGGCCGCAACGGCGAGGCCGAGUACGUGUCUCAGGUGGUGGUUAUUGAUGAUUUAGUUGAUCGAAAUUGUUCGAAUUGCAACAGAAAUUGCAUUGAUUACCAGACAUGGUUGAGGGUCCAAAACUGCCUGCAUAAAGUGGUCAGAGAUCCAUUAUUUGAGUUGUUUAUUAUGGCAUGUAUUAUAUGCAAUACAAUAGUGUUAGCUAUUGAACAUCACGGGAUGUCACAAAAUGUACGUAACAUUUUGGACGUUGGAAACAAGGUUUUCACUACUAUUUUUACUGUGGAAUGUCUAUUCAAGUUGAUUGCUCUGAGUAAUGAAUUCUUCAAUUGUGGUUGGAAUAUAUUCGACAUGAUCAUUGUGACUGCUAGCUUAUUAGAUUUAUCAUUUGAAAUGAUCGAUGGCUUAUCAGUUCUUCGCUGUUUGAGACUGCUUCGAGUUUUAAAAUUGGCUCAAUCUUGGACUACUAUGAAAGUAUUAUUGAGCAUCAUAAUAUCGACCAUCGGAGCUCUCGGCAACCUUACAUUUGUCCUAAUCAUCAUUAUAUACAUUUUUGCUGUCAUCGGCAUGCAACUAUUCUCAAAAGAAUAUAUGCCAGAAAAAUUUGAUCCAGAUCCUGUACCAAGAUGGAAUUUUUCAGAUUUUUUUCACUCGUUCAUGAUGAUUUUUCGAAUUCUUUGUGGUGAAUGGAUUGAACCAUUGUGGGAUUGUAUGAAAGCUGAAGAGAAAGAGGGUUUCGGUAUAUGCUUCGCAAUAUUUUUGCCCGCACUGGUGAUGGGUAACUUCAUGGUUCUUAACUUGUUUUUGGCGUUGUUACUCAACAGUUUCAAUUCUGAAGAGUUAAAAUCAAAAAAAGAGCAAGGUCAACAAGAAGUAGACGAAGAAAUGGCUCAUUACAGAGAAAGAUGGGCCCAUCAUGUUAGAGUAAUCAGUAACGUUUGCCAAAAGUGUAGAGCUCAAAAUUCGUCAAGGAGGUCCUCAAUUUCUUUGUCGAAUAUCCCAAAAGAUACAAUUGUAUCUCUCUUAGAUUAUGAGGAAGUCGGGGAUGGCUCUAAACUGGAAAGAAGUUUUCAACGAAUCCGUUCAAUUAUCAGGAAACGUAAGCGUCGACAAUCACGAACUGAGACAACUAGUUGUGAUACUUCUGUAAAUUUUAAACUGGAAAAUACAGUCAAGCAGCUAAUGCGAAUCAAAAAUGAAAAAAAUAAAUUGAAAACAGAAAUGAUUAAUAUAUCGGAUGAUGAAAUAUGCGAGAAACAGCAGAACUGUGAAUAUGACAUAGAAAUUACCAACAAUCGUAUAGAAUCUGAUCAGAACGAUGGGACGUCAUUAGUACUAAAUGCUGGAUACUUAGAUCAACAAGAAAAGACUGAUCGCCGAAUUCAGAGAGCUAUUACCGAAGAUUCUACUGAUACAGGAUAUAACCAAGGACCACUCACAACUCAACAGACGUCAGUAUUUAGUUGCCAGGAAUCAACAUCUGAUGAUUUAUUAUACCAUCAAAUCAUGCAAGACGCCAUGUGUUAUGCACCUACAUUAACAAGAGACUUAGACUUACCAAUGCUAGAUGAAACAUUUGAGUUAUCCGAACAUUACCGCACUAGUCCACCACCAGCAGGUAUACAUCGAAGAUCAUACAUAUUGGCCACCAGGCAAGACAGCAGUAAAGAUGAAAUUGACGAUCAAGAUGAAACGUGUUUCCUGAAACAAAAAAAUAAGGAUAUAAUAAUUGAUGAAAAGUCCAAAAAGAAACCUUGGAUAACACUUGUAUCUUAUGUGGACGACUUAACCGUCGGUGGAAGAAGGGACUCCCAAGGAAAUUUCGUUGAUGCCGCUCCCAGUUUUCCAGGGUUUGGCAGAAAUAAACAAUCAAAGGCACCACUAGAAUGUUUUCCUUUUAAUUGCUAUCAAAGGAUUGGAAUAAAAAAAGAAUGGGUUGAUACUUGUUUCGGCGACCGAUGGAUGACUUUCCGACAGAGAACUCUCGUGGUAGUCGAUACUCCAAUAUUUGAAUGGUUUAUACUAGUGUUGAUUUUUGCGUCGAGUGUAACUUUAUGCUUCGAAGAUAUUUACCUAGACGAUAACAAAACGCUCAAAACUGCAUUAUAUUGGACUAAUUUUACGUUUUGCGUUAUUUUCACUAUUGAACUUAUGCUAAAAUGGAUAGCAUUAGGGGUUUAUAAAUACUUUAAAAGUUUUUGGACAGCUUUAGACUUCAUUAUUGCAAUGAUGUCAAUUUUUAGUUUACUAAUUGAUGAAAAUGAGAAUUUAAAAGUUCUACGGUCGUUAAGAACUCUCCGAGCUUUGCGACCACUCAGGGCCAUAUCAAGAUGGCAAGGGAUGCGAAUAGUUGUGAAUGCUCUGAUGUAUGCAAUUCCAUCAAUUUUUAACGUUCUGCUGGUUUGUCUUGUGUUUUGGUUGAUAUUUUCAAUCAUGGGUGUGCAGUUUUUUGGUGGAAAAUUUUUUAAGUGUGUUGACGACAACGGAGACCGUUUAUCCGUAAACAUUGUCAAUAACCGCAGUGACUGCAUGCUCCAUAACUAUACUUGGUUAAACUCAAAAAUAUCAUUUGAUAACGUGGGCAUAGCUUAUUUGGCUUUAUUUCAAGUUGCCACAUUCGAAGGUUGGAUGGAAGUAAUGGCAGAUGCUGUAGACGCUCGUGGUGUAGACUUACAACCUGAAUAUGAGGCAAACUUGUAUGCUUACAUAUAUUUUGUCAUAUUUAUUGUAUGUGGAGCAUUUUUCACUCUAAACCUUUUCAUCGGUGUUAUAAUUGAUAACUUUAACAUGCUUAAAAAAAAGUACGAAGGCGGAGUAUUAGAAAUGUUCUUGACUGAAAGUCAAAAGCAUUAUUACACGGCCAUGAAAAAACUAGGCCGGAAAAAGCCACAAAAAGUAAUUAAGCGCCCAGUCAAUCAAUUUAUGGCAAUAUUUUACGACUUAUCGAAUUCCCGAAGGUUUGAGAUUGCAAUUUUCGUAUUGAUUUUUUUAAACAUGCUGACAAUGGGUAUUGAACAUUACAAUCAGCCUGAUCCGGUGUUUUUCAUAUUAGAAGUCUGUAACGCAUUUUUUACCACUGUUUUUGGAUUAGAGGCUUUAGUGAAAAUUAUUGGUCUUCGAUUUCAUUAUUUUACUGUUCCUUGGAAUGUUUUUGAUUUUUUGCUUGUCUUAGCAUCCGUUCUUGGUAUACUUAUGGAAGAUAUCAUGAUCGAUUUUCCAGUAUCACCGACACUUUUGAGAGUAGUUCGCGUGUUCAGGAUUGGUAGAAUAUUACGAUUGAUCAAGGCCGCCAAAGGUAUACGGAAACUGUUAUUUGCCUUAAUAGUGUCUUUACCAGCACUUUUCAAUAUUGGCGCACUACUCGGUCUGAUUACUUUUAUAUACGCCAUAAUCGGUAUGUCUGUUUUCGGGCAUGUCAAAAAACAAAAAGCCAUUAAUGACAUGGUAAACUUUGAGACUUUUGGUAGGAGCAUGCAACUGCUGUUCCGGCUAAUGACAUCAGCCGGGUGGAAUGACGUACUUGAAUCACUUAUGGUGCAACCACCGGAUUGUGAACUUGAAUCUCCAGGACUUCCGAACGGUAAUUGCGGACAUCCUAUUCUUGCGAUUACGUACUUUACGAGUUUCAUCAUAAUAAGCUACAUGAUCGUAAUAAACAUGUACAUAGCUAUUAUAUUAGAAAACUUUAACCAAGCUCAUCAGGAAGAAGAAAUCGGCAUUGUAGAAGAUGAUCUCGAAAUGUUUUACAUCCGAUGGUCUAAAUACGAUCCACAUGCAACGCAGUUCAUAGCAUUCAAUCAAAUAUCAGAUUUCAUUGCAAGCUUAGACCCACCAUUAGGCAUACCUAAACCAAAUAUCGUGGCUUUAGUCAGCUUCAAUUUACCAAUUGCGAGAGGCAACAAGAUACAUUGCUUGGAUAUACUCCAUGCACUCGUCAAACACGUGCUUGGCCAUGUCGACGAAACAGACGAAUUCAAAAAACUACGAGAUCAAAUGGAUGUGAAGUUUAAAAAACAAUUCCCAACACGUAAGGAACUGGAAAUCGUGUCAUCUACGCGUCUGUGGAAACGUCAAGAUAAAGCCGCGAGACUAAUACAAAGAAGUUACCGAAACUUCCGAAGACGGAAAAAAGACAUAACGGAUUUAUGUUCGGAUACGCAGUCUUCAAGCCCCGGAGGUUGGCAGUCACGUCUUUCGUCGUUCCUACAUGUUAAAGGCAUGUCAAUCAGUGGUAUUGGAGGAGGUAUCGGUAGUAGUUCAAGAGCUUCGUCCAGAAAAUCUUCAAGAGCCUCCGACACAUCUGACAUAUCUGAACUAGGAGCGUCGCUCUGGCUUAACCUACCAUUGUUUUUAUUAUCUAACGCUCAGUUAGAUACGACGAGUAAAAACGAAGAACAGUCACCCAAGAAAAAAUCACACGUGGAAGGAGGUGGCGGCCCGGUGCACAUCACGAUCAGCGAACCGUCGCCCGAGGCCAAACCGAACGCGGUGCUGCCGCUGUCGCUGGACGAGGGCGGCGACGUUGCGGCCGGAAGCGCGGACCGGAAGCAACAGCAACAGCAACUACUUCAGCAGCAGCAGCAGCAACAGGCGGCGGCCAACGUGAGCAUCACCAUAACGGACGCGUCGCCGGAAAGCGCGUGCGGCGCGAGACCGUUGCCGGCGGCAGCGAAUGUGCAACAGCAGGCCGGCGGCCCAACGGCGCACAACAAACGGUUGGCGUUCCGGCGGGCGAGCGAAGCGAAAAUCGUGCAGCACAAGGCGCUGGUUCACCGGACAUCCGAAGGGCCGCACAGCUGAUGGGAAUUAUAAUGACACGUAUAAUAAUAUUAUAAUAUCAUUUAUACGCCUAACCUAUAUAUAUAUUAUACACCAUACACGAUAAUAAUUAUUAUAAUAUGCUAUACCGCCGGAGCCGUCGUUAUCUCGUUGUCGUUGUUGUUGUUGUUGUUUGUUGUUGUUUGUUUGUUGUUGUUGUUUUUGUUGUUAUUGUUAUUUUUUACUAUUAUUAUUUAUAAUCAUUAUUAUUAUUACUAUUAUUAUCAUCGUCGUCGUCGUCGUCUUCGUCCGUACACGGCGGGUACGGUUUUUAUUUUAUGUAUAAGCGGUGUACAGUCCACCCCAUCUCACCCACCCACCAACCCGCCCGUCGCUACUCCGCCACCGCCGACAUCGCCCAUGUAGUAUAGACGCGGAACACGACACAGACCGACGACCGUAUUACAGUAUAACCAAGCAGUCGUCAUCGCAUAAAAUAGGUAGGCUGUAACCGAUUUUUAAAACCACCCACAUCGAUGAUUCGACCGGAACAAUAUCGUCACUUGAGGCACAGUUCUCGCAACUUCGAACGUGAUCUAUGAUUUAUGUGUGCAGUUGUUACUAUAGUUGAUAGUGUGUCUCGGAUGAGUUGCAAUGUGACCAAAUUGUGUUGAAUUCCGUUGCUUCUUGCAGUAAUGCAGGUAGAGGUGCGCGCGACUUGGUGCGCUGUAUAAUUAUACGUCGUCGUUUUAAGUUGGAGAUUUCACAAAAUCGCGACCAAAAGCAGAACGAGAUCAUUCGUCUCGCCGGCGACCGAAUUACGCACAACUAAAAAACAUACAUUACGAUAGUAUAAUAAUAAUAAUAAUAUAUUAUUAUAGCAUUGCGUGUAAUACGUAAUGCAUUAUGCUACACGUGGCACGUCGUGAGUAAUAUUCGUCGUCGCGGUUUUCUCGUUUUCCGGUCGAUAAAUCCCGUCGUCGUGCGUACACGCCGUUUUGGGAAUUUUUACGUCCCCUUUCGCUUAUACUAUUAUAAUAUUAUAUACAAACGGGGUGGAGAGGAAGGCGGCCCCACCGCCCCCCUACCCACUACUUUUCACCGCCAGUAGAAGGGAUGAUAGUCGAGGGUGAGCGGACAUCGGACAAACCGCGAGCGCGAUAAUUUCGACGCGAAUUAGUCGCAUUGUCCGUCGUAUUUUGUUUUUGUUUUCAGUUUUUUACUAAUUUGUAGCUGUAUUAUUAUUAUCAUUAUAUAUAUAUAUAUAUAUAUAUAUAUAUAAAGUGGAUCAGACCUCGACAGUCAAUUAUAAACGGUUGUGCGUAUACUUUAUAAUGUAUACAUAUUACUUAAUAUACAUAUAUAUAUAUAUUAUGUUGCGCAGCAACUGCAGAACUCGUAACAAUGUGGUUCGCGAAAACUUUAAAUUCCUCCCUAUAUAUACCUCCUCGACUCACGCCUCCUGCAGCGGUUUUCCAUUAUGACUUUCGGAUAUUCACGACGCUCGUCCGCAAAACAACUCUGCAAUAAUUACUAUUACAUGCACUCGACUAAACCGCAUUGUUCGGUAUAGACAAUAAUAAUAAUAUACGACGUGUACGCUCUGUUCUUACGCUUAAUGUCUAUAGAAAAAAUAAAUAAAAAUUCACCACGCGGCUUUUAAAUAAAAAAAAAAAAAAAAAAAAAAAAAUGUGAACAUUUGGAGGAGACGUUUUAAAUUUAUCGCUUACCACGAUCGCGUAAUUAUACACACUCGUUGCCUUGGGCUUGGCUGUCUAUUUUUACAACGUAUUAGAUAUUUAUUAAAAGUGAUUUUUUUUUUUUUAAAUAAUAAUAUAGGCUAGAUAAUUUAAACAUAGUUCUUUUUACGCGUUUACGAUUAUUAUAUUAACAAACGCCACGGUUAAGUCAAUUUCCAUACUAUAUACCAUAUUAUUAUACAUAUAAGUACCUAUACAUAGGUUCAUGUGUCAAUUAUUUCAGAAACUUUAUAAUAAUAACAUUAGCUAUUAGAAAAUAUUAAAUAUCGUAUAGGAUUCUAGACAUUCUAGUAUUCUACUUAUUUGUUGCGAUAGUCUGUCUGAAACGGAAAUAUAUAAUACAAAUAAAUACAACUAUAUUUAUUUAUCAAAUGAUUUGUUAUUUUAAGGAAAAAAAUGAUUUAUUUGACAAUAACGUGGUUUAGGAUUUAUACCAAGUUAUCAAUAUUGUAUUUCGCAAUACCUACAUCGACCGUUUCUCGUCAUUGUAGGCACUUAACUCCACGUGUAAGUACAUUAUAAUGUACACACUAUUAGACCCACAGGUAUACUCUACUCAAAUAACACAAAAUAGUGGCGACAACUGAUGGGAAUGAUAUUAUAUUGUAUAUUAGAUUUCCAGUACACAAUGUUCCCGGUUCUAACUCGUCGUUUUUCGCAAGGAUCUAUACGUUUUAGGUAUCGCUCCUAUUGGCCAUUGCCACCGUGCACUAGUCGUCGUUCCGAUGAAAAUAUUUUGUAAUAAUUUGGACAUUCGACCGCCUGCAACCAGUUAUUCGUUUUUUAUUUUUGUCGUUUCGCCAUUAUAGUACGGAUUAACACACAAGUAGUUAUAAACUUAUAAACUGAUGACUAUUAUGACUUGUAACGUAAUAUAUAAUAGUAAUAACAAUCCAAGAGACUUAGACUUUUGAACACUCUUGUGUAAUGACAUUUAUAAUUAUCUUACUUUUAGUGAAAAGCUCAACAUUUUACGUCUUCAUACUCUCACUAGGUGCUAUACGCUAUAUUAAACUAAAUUCCAGAUAGAUUCGUGUUCAUGAUAUUUUUAUAGAUUUUUAAAGUAGUCAUAUUGCAUAGAUUAUGCAUAAUAUAUUUUAUAUUAUUACAAUAAUAGUAUAUGUACAUAUGUCUAGCAACUUUAAUAUAACGGAACCUAUUUAGGGGCCCGUUGAAAAUACACUAGGUUUUGAAUUUUUGAUUGUAUUGAUUGAAUUCUACUAAUAAAAUAUUAUUAUAUUGGGUGCAUAACUUGCGAGACAUUAAAUAAGUUGUUCAAAACAAACCAUCAUGCAAGUCUACUUACACAGUUGAUUAUUGUACCAACGAAACUCAUUAAUAUAUUCUAAAUUUUUUUAUACGUGUUUAAUAUAGGAAUGCAAUUAUUACUGUUUUUUUUUUUUUUUUUUAUAUUAACAUGGAAAUUAAAAAUUAAAUCGUAGAUAUAAACUAUAUAAUAAUAUUACUAGUGUUACCAUUUUAAUAUCAUAAGCCAGAGGCUAGGAGGUAUACACUGUAGGUCUUAUGCCCGCGAAAAAGUAUUUCCAACAGUUUAGGGACGUUCUUGUAUACAUUUUUAUACGAAUAAAUACUAAAAAAUUAUUUAAAAAAAAAAAAAAAAUUAAAUAUUAUACUAUUAUAAAUGUUUAGGGAUGUUGACUGAUUCGUGUCAAAUGAGUCAUGCAUGCAUAUUCCUGUUUAAUAUUCGGUGUAGUAUGAUACGCAAUAAUAAUAAUUUGACGAAAAACUACAGACUGACUAUACUGAAAAAUUUUAGAAAAUUAGAAACGCUUAUUUUGUACGGCAUCGCGCAAAUUUUUCGAAGGUUAUUUUUAAAAAAAAAAAAACGUUUAUUUCGAUUAGGUAUUGUUGUAUACAACCUGCGCAUAUCGUGUUGAAUAUAAUUGAAAUUAGGUGGGUGCGUACCCUACGUGUAAAUAGCCAUAUUUUAUAGGUAACCACUAACCCGCGUCAAUCACUCGCACCCAUAACAUAUUAUUGACAUCUCAGACACAUUAUAAUUAUAACGAAAUGGGAACGUAUUCGAUUUCAACGGUUCGAAGGUUCAACGUUGUUCAUUAAUAUUGGACGUUGCGCCGGUAAAAAGGGAUAUUACGCGUGUCUUGGCCAUUUUCCACUCUGUCCACUUACCGAGCUAUCUUGACGUAAAUUGUUGUACACCAAAGUAGUUUGUAUUUCCAAAAUAUAGUAAUAACAUAAUACAGAUAGAAUCUGACGACCGUUGUAACUAUCGUAUCCGUCAUUAGUUAUUACCUUCAAACUAGCGAGUGAUGAAUGAAAAAUCAAUUACAGCCAAUACAGAAACGAAUGGCCGUUUACCGAAAGCAGUCAAUAUAUUUUUACUUCACCCUCGCGCCGUCCGAUAACUAUUAUCGUCGGACACCUAUAGUCGAGAUAGGUGCUAUAUAUGCCUACUACUACCUAUAUCCUACCUAUUAAUUUUAUUUGCAAUAAUGGCGUUUAUUAUUUUCGCUGUUAUAUUGUGCACCAUGAUAUAGAAAAUGCGGAUUUUCCGUAGAGCAACUCUAUGUGAUUCGGGGGCUCACCCACACACCCAUUUGGACGGGGUGGAUAUGGACGCUUGCGAACCUUCACGAUAUGCCUUAUUGACUCGAUUACGCCAACGAGGCUUGGGACGGCUGCGUGUGAGUUUGCGUGUUCGUGACGGCUUGAUAAGAUCACAAUAUUAUGAUAUUACUUACCCUCCCGAUAAAAUAAUUUAAAUCGUACAGGUGGGGGUAUAUCUUUAAGCACGAUACAACGGAAACGUGUGUACGAUUAUCGAGGCGUUCGGAUAAAGUAUUGAACGAUGUUGCGGGCAAUUAUUAUGACACGUGUUGCAUAAGAUUAAUCAACGAGCCUCCAACGAGUUCCCAUUAUUUAUUUUCGUAAUCGUUUGUAUGAUGUUAAUCGCGCGUGGAGGAUACCCCGGCUACGCCAUAUUACUAAGGUCUAUGCUACGUAUGCGUAUAAUCUAUUAAAAUACCCGUGUUUGCGGUUACCUUUGCUUUUAUCGCAGGUGGCCGACAUUAAUUGGCUGUUAAUUUGUUGAAAUACGAUAAAUUGUCGUUGUAAUCAUUAUUGUAAGGUACCUGCACGAUGAGGGUUUGGCGAUUUAACGAGAUUAAUAAUGUUACGAUCGAUCUACAUUAUCUCGAUUAUUGUAUUACAAUCGGUGGCGACGACAUCCGGACGUUCCGGAUGUCGAACGUGUUCUUCCCCAAAAGUAGGUCAAAAUUAAAUAAUCGUGCGAAAAAAUUCCCGUCGAGCGCAUAUCUUACGACUGGUGCGGUGCAGGUGGUGGCGGGGGUGGCCGUGUCGGUGCACAGCAGUUUCGACUCGAGUCUUUACCGAUGUUUUACGAACAGACAAUAACUUAGCGCAUUUCAUGUGUGUAAAUAGUAGGUAAAUUAGCCGAGCAUGGGAGUAACCUAUUCAUAAUAAUAAUAAUAAUAUGAUGUUACGUUAUUAUUGAAACGCAUACGAUUUAUUAUUGCCGUCGUCAAUAACGUGAUAUAAUAUCUAAUCGUAUUAUAAUAUUGUUGAAGACCUCUUGCCUGCGUUGUAAUUUUAAGGUUUUUGGUUUUUUUUUUUUUAUAAUUUUUAAUAAUGACCUACGGUAAUAAUGAUGAUUUAUAGAAUAAGAAUAUUCGACGAACGCGUCGAGAAAAAAAAAUAAUAAAAUCCGAAAAACCCGAAAAAAAAUUGAAAAAAAAAAUAAAAACAAAAACAAUUGGAAUACUUAACGAUAGCAAUGUUAUCGAAUGAUCCGCGUACGAAUUGAAUCGAAAAUCGGCAAUAGGCGAAUGCGAUGCGUCGAUAGAACAACGAACACGGCGCGUAAUCCAUAUUAUGGUUGUCGUAUUAUAAUAUAAUAUUAGUACCGAUCGCAACAAUAUUCGCAAUGCGAUUCGUGCAACGAAAACGUAGACAUAUACAUAGGCGGAUAUUGGGGGGGGGACUUGGGGGGCUUAAGCCCCCCCCCCCCUGAAUGUAACAAACUACACGAGAUGUCAAAAUAAAUCGUGUAUUUUAAUAUACCUAUAUAUACUUGGCGCCUCUGCUAGAAUAAAGUAGGAGUACUGAGUGGCCACUAGUCAGUAGGUCGAAGCGUUUAAAAAUGUAUGUUACCGCUAUUGGAUAAGACAAAAACGUUGAGCCCCCCCCCCCCCACGGAUGUGACCAGAUAUGGCACAUACAUAGCACGAGGAUGAUGAUGAUAUCGCAAUGCCCACGAUGAUUAAUAAUUGGCUGUUGUAAUGUGUGCGCGCUCCACUCGACGGUGGACGGGGGAAUUUCGUUCGGAGAGUCGGCCGAAAGUCCGGUCGACUCGACGUCAGCUCUUUAUUUUUGUAUUCCAUUUCGCGUGAGCUAUUUUUUGAUCUGCCGCAGUUAAGAUAUUCCAAACUGACAUAAUAUUUAGGUUAGCACGUACACAAAUACAACGCGCGACAAUAAUUAUGCUCUGCGCCCCUUAUGCACCGGCCGUACAGUGUAGCGUACAAUAGGCGUGCGCAGAGAUUUUGUAUUGGUGCGGCACAAUUUUUUCUUGUGGGCGGGUACUCGGUUUAUGUUAUGACGGUUUUAUGGCAGUAUUGCGGUUGAAAUAAAAAAAAGACCAUAUUUAUACACAAUUACACAUUACUCUACAAUAUGUAAAUAGGUACCAACACUAAACCGCCAAACACACAGUCAUGAGACCAAUCGUCGAUUCCCUGGAACUAAUGUCUCGAAUUCUUCGAUCGUUUCCCCAUAAUCAAUUUCCGCGCAUACUCCUCGUCCAAUACUCAUAAAAAGUGAGCUGUCAAGACGCUCUCGAUAGCCCGAAGUUUUUGACUUUACAAUGUCAAGCUUGGAAAAAGCUCUCUCGCACGAACAACUCGUGACAGGGAUUGUAUAGUAAAUAAUUGCAAUGCUUUAUUGAAGUUAAUAAAAAUAUCUGCUCCGUCAGAAUGAUUUAGCCGUUGGAGCCACUGUGCUAUAGUCACUGUCGAUGUACCUUUAGGCAUUUCUGUGUUUGAAACACGUUCCAGUAGUUUGAUUUCACUUUUUAAACCGUCGAUAUCAAUAUCAAAUGUAUUGUUGUCCGUCUUAUUUUUAUUAUUUUCAAAACAAUAAAUUUCUUAUUAAAAAAACAUAAUUUUUUCGGGGAAAGUUAGAAAACUGAGAUUUAAGGAAUUAUUACAGGCCGUACCCGUGCGCACGCCUAUGGUAGACAGUGUAUAGGCGCAAUCGCGAUAAUAAUAUCAUUGUAGAAUAUCGCGGAAUUUUUUUUUGCGUAAACAUUAAUCCGGAAAAAAUUUCGAUGCACGACACAGAACCGGCGGUAACACGGCACAUGAUAUUUUGAUAUCGUAACCCGUCGUCGUCAUUAAUUGUAAUAAUAUAUUGCAAUAACACAUUGCAAUAACAAUAAUUAUAAUCAUAUCGUACGUGUUUUUUACAUACCAAUUUCAUCGAUUGUGCAAUGCCGCCGUGAAAACGUACUGUUGUCGGACUCGGUGGUGUAUUGGUACGCGGGUAUACGCCGUCUGCCCCCGUCAGAAGAUUUUCGAUUUUCCUACCCAAUGUGAAAUCGUAUUUUACGGGUAUACGCUUCCGAAAUGACCGGAAAACCAAAUGACAUUUUGAAAUGUAUUUAAUAGUUGGUAUAGGGAAAAAAACGUUAUUCGUAUUAAUGAAUUCGCGUGUUAAUGAAUUAUUCGUCGAUUGAAGUGUGUGUUGAUUAUAGGUUUUAUAACAAUAUGCGUUGCGUUUAAUGUAUUUUAAGUUCGAUUUAGUAAACCCGAUGUUGAAUACCAAAAAAACCUUUGUGGAAAAUUCUACAGAUUGUACCUAUAUAAUAAUAACGUUAUUAUUAUUUUAAUUUUUUUGACGUUCGAGUUGAUUUUGUUUCAUUUCCUAUUGUUGCGUUGUACAAAAACUAACAAAAUAAUGUUAAAAACUGUGUACCGAUUGAACUGCAACGACGUUAUGUAAUACGAAGAUAUUAUAAUUUGAUCGCAUGGGUUACAUACAUAUUUCAUCGGUGCGUAUACUAACCCAUAAAUAUAUUUACCAACCAAUACACCACCGUUGGCGGUCAAGUGGUUUUCUGUCGAGUCCAUCAUAACGGCCGUUUGGAAAUCAGUCGCACAAUGCAUAUUAUAUUAUAGUGCACGCCUAUUUGAUUUCGUCACACGUUGUCAGUGGCGGCUUGAACUUUUUUUUUCUUGAAUCACAUUUAAUAUUUUUACACCAACCACCCUAAAAAAAUUGUCCACUGCUCUCCAUGAGGUGAAUUCAUAGUUUUUCAGCGGAUAAGUUAUGCCAGUUAUAGGUGUUUAAUUGGUAUGCACAGUAAAUAUUAUAUGACCCUGUAUCACCCCCGAACCAUAUGAUAAUAAUUGUACUUAUAUUACAUAUCAAUAUAUUUAUAUUCCGUUCUUCACACGCGCGGGUACCGGGAUUAACCGCUUGACCUAAUGUCGGCUGUUACUGUACGACUUACGCUGAUACACAAUAUGUAGUCCAUAUAGAGCUGAACAUUAUAUUUCUAAUUGAAUUGCCAACUUUUAAAACGUCUUCAAACCAACUUUCCCGACCGCAGGACACCCACCCACCCACCCACCCAUUAAUAUUUCUAUGAAUCACACGAUUCAAAUGUGUAGGUACCUCCUUCGAGCCGCCACUGCACGCUGUACAUUGUUAUUUUAUCGAUUUCUUAACAUCGCAGUGCCCAAAUACCAUACAAUGCCAACAAAACGUCAUCGUGCGGACCAUGUGCAGAGGAUGUAAGUAAGUACGCAACUCGACUUGAGAUAUCCAACCGACAAUGUGGGUACACGGUAGUGUUUAUAGCACACACACACACAAUCGGCAUAAUAAUGUUAUGGCAAUGAUAGUAAAACAAAAAUAAUAAUAAUAAACGUACACGUAGUAAGUACCCUCGCCCACCAACAGAUUUAUCGUUUUUGUAGAUGUCAACGUCUUACAAUAUAUUAUUAUUAUUGCGUGAAAUAAAUGUAAUAAUAAUAUCGCCAUACCCACAUAACCCCCCCACCCCUCGUCACCCGCACGCCACAACGCAACGAAAGUCCGUACAAUCGUACCUACGCGUUGUUAUUAUUGUUGUUAUUAUUAUUAUUAUUACUAUUACCAUUAUUACUGUUUAUGAAUUGUAUGAAUUUUUUUUUUCAAAAACGGUCGGCCAACAAUAUUAUGAUAUUAAUGUAUUUAUUUUGUCGGUCCUGCUUUCGACUAAAUAGAAGAGCUUCAUAGCGUGUAACUCGUUAGAAUAUUAUUAUUAAUGACCUAACCAUAAUAUUAUACAUUAUUAAUAUUGUAUAAUGAUAAUAAUAUAAUAAUAUACUGUUACUAAUAUUAUAAACUACCUAAAUAUUGUACAUAAUAUUACACGUUUACAGACAUAGUGCCUAGACCUUACCACUGUGCCUCGAUUCUAGUUACAUAGGUUCUAUUUUUUCAAUCAUUUCGACGUGAUACUUUUACUGUCAUGAUAAUAAUAAUAACAAUAAAUAUAACAUACCUGUUAAAAUUAUUUCAAAUACUUGAAUUAUAAAAUUAUCAUUAGCGUCAUUCUCUUUGUAGGUUUUGUGGGUACCUACCUAAACACAGGAUUGCUUAACGUGAAAUGUAUUAAAACUUUGUGGGCUUAAUAUUUUACAUGUUAUUUGUUUGUGUUUAAUAUUAAUAAAACAAAUACAAAAUAUAAAAAUAUGGAUCUAAAUUAUUUUAUUCUAAAAGUAGUUGAAAUUAAAUACAAAAAAUGUAUUUAAAUACAUAACAAGUAUGAAUUAAUUUUAUUGAUGUUACUAUACACACAAAUUGUAAUUGUAGAAACGGUGUAAGUACAUAAUAUAUUACCUAACUUUUGACAAAAAUGUUGUCUCAUCUCUAUUGUGGGUACCAAAGUAUCAAUAGCAAUAUUAUUAAAUACCUAAGUAGGUUUUUUUUAAGAAACCUUUUUUUUAUUCCUAGUUUAGUUUUUACAUUUACAAACUUAUUAUAACUGCACUCUAGCUUAUGGUCUGAGGUAGUCGUUCAAGAUAAUAUUAUAUUCAUUUAGUUUAACGUAUGUACAAAUACAAUUACUAAUUAAUACAUAUUAUAAAAUAAUAUUAUGUUCACGUGUUUUACGAUAAUAGUACUAUCAAGAUCUUUGACGUUGUACUUUUGGAAUGACUUUUUCAAUCAAACAACUAUUAAUAUGGUUAUUAUUAUUAUUAUUAUAAACAUCCUUUUGUCAUAUAUUUGUUCUUGUAUUUUCAAUAUUUACAACUGUUAGACAGUUAAGUUUGAUAUAUUACGUUUUG